AUGCAAGGUAAUACUAUAAAGUAAUUAUUGCUGGAUAUUGCAGAUCUGAUUGACAAAGUAAUUUAUCUUCUAAGAAGUAGGACAUCAUUUAAACAUAUCAACAAAUCAUUUAAGUGAGUAUAAAGUAAAUUUGUGAAUAAUCGGAAAUGUAAUAAUACGAAUAUAUCCUCUAAAUCAUUGCUUAUUUAAAUAGGUACCCCUCAAAUUAAUAUGCAAAAGAGUAAAAACUGUAUUUGAAGAAUAAUUAGAAGAACAUAUGAACAAUGAUUACGAGGCAGUAAUCCAAAAACUCGAAGCAUCAAUAAGAAUUCACAUUAGAGUUGAGCAACAAUAGAAAUUGCAAAUAGAUGCUUUGACCUAAAAAAUAGAUGAAAUCACUUCUGAAAAGGAUAUUAUUAUAAAAUAAUAAUAAGAAAAAAUAAAAUCUUUGGAAUAAAUCAUUAAAGUAUGGCUAAUUGAUUUUAUUCUAGGAUUAACAGAAAAAAUUGUUAGAUAUAUCACCCAAAGAGAUUCUUCAUAAAAAGACUCCCUCAGCUUUUGAAAGGCUUAGUAAGUUGGUCUCCAACAAAUCCUAAAAAAGUCUAUAAAUCACAAAUAAUGAAGCCAAUUUCAAAGCUUUGUUGAAAAUAUGUAACACUGAAAAAGAUCGGUCGCUGUCUAAGGGAAGGAAACAGUCCUCUGCCAAAAGAGAGAUUGGCUACCAGAGAUCAAAUGAGGAAACUCAGUAAAAACAUGUAUAUAUAAAGAAAUUUAGAGCCCAAAUUGAUGGCAACAGAAAGAUUAAGAGAUUCAAAGGGAGAAAAGCGACAUCGAGUCUAGAAAUCAGAAAAACUAAAUGAACAAUCAUAGUAGUCUUUAAGUACUGAAAAGUUGAAUAAAUGUAACAAAACCAAAAAAAAAGAGUCACCAUUGAUCAGAGUAUUACUUUUAUAUUCUAUAUAAGUAAAAGCCAGAAUAAACAUUAUCUAGUCAAAGUUUUGAUUAAGUUGGUAAAAGUUUAUAAGCAUUGCAAAGACAAAUUUCAAACACUCGUCUGUAAAAUAAUCACAGCUCUCAACUACUAAAAUUCUUAUAGAAGAAAUGA